AUGCAGAAACCCUGCUACUGUUAUUUUGUUGUUCAAGCUGUUUUCCUGCAUUACUGCAAUGUUGGUUUGUUACACUUUCUUUCCAGACGGUACCUAGAAGAAGAAUUCAUCCUACGUGUGAUGGCACAGUUGUCCCUGGCUUUAAAAGAGUGCCAUGGUAGAAGUAACGGCAGCAGUACAGUUCUGCACCGUGACCUGAAACCCGCAAACAUCUUUUUGGACGUCAAACAGAAUGUAAAGCUUGGAGAUUUUGGUUUAGCUCGGAUACUGAACCAUGAUACAAGCUUUGCUAAAACAUUUGUUGGAACUCCAUAUUACAUGUCGCCGGAACAAAUUAAUCGCAUGUCCUACAAUGAAAAAUCAGAUAUAUGGUCUUUGGGAUGUUUACUCUAUGAACUAUGUGCUUUAUCUCCCCCAUUUACAGCAUACAACCAAACAGAGCUGGCCGGUAAAAUCAGAGAAGGAAAGUUUAGAAGAAUCCCAUACCGAUUCUCUGAUGACCUGAACACACUUCUUUCAAAAAUGCUCAACUUAAAGGACUAUCUGAGGCCCUCAGUGGAGUCCAUUCUGCAGAACAGCUUGAUCUCGGGCUAUGUAGCCCAGGAGCAGAAGAGGCUUCAGGAGAAGCAGCGGCGCAGAUCAGUGGACGUAGAGCAGCCCAAACAUCCAGAUCCGUCGCUUCUAGCAGAGCUGCGGCUUAAGGAGCAGAUUCUACGUGAGCGUGAGCAGGCCCUCAAAGAGCGAGAGCAGAGACUAGAGCAAAGGGAACAGGAGCUGUGUGUCCGAGAACAGCAAUCAAAUGAAAAGCUGGCCAGAGCUGAGAGCUUGUUGAAGGCGUAUAAUUUGAUCCGGCAGCAGAGGGCGCUCUCUCUACUCAGUGCCAGUGACACAGAGAAUGAAGAGAACAUCUCCCCAGGAAAGAAGAGGGUUCACUUUGCAGGAGACGGCAAGGAAAAUGGCAGACCUGAGAGCAGACUGAUCGCUAAACCUCAAGAACAUUGUCUUGUAAAGAGGCACCAAUGGGCUAACAUGCGUAUCCAAACUCUUGGUGAAGAGGAAAAGAUGUAUUCAUCAAAGCCCAGAGAGAUGCAGGGCAUCCGCUAACCAUGAACCACAAUUUACUACUGAAAGUGGAGCAUUAGUGGGAUCAAGAGUUUUAUUUACAGUUGUUUUCAUUAGGAAAUAAGAUUUGUGCUUUUAUUUAUUUGCUGCAGCAUUUGUACAGUACAGUGGAACAACACAUUUGUGGGCAUUACACUGGGUUAUUUUAUCAAA